AACGCUCCCGAUCCUGCACUUCCCGCUGGCAGCGGCCCCAGGCAGAGCAGUGCAAGCAUGGCAUCCAUGGAAGAAAACUUUCCUCGAGGGGGCAUCCAGAAGAAACCUGCAGAGGGAAAAACACCCAAGCCAAAGUUAGAACGGGACAAUUUGUUUGAUGUUCAACAUGAAGAAAAAUCCCAGAAAAGAAAAAGGAGCCAGAAGGAUCAAGGAAAGCAGCAGGAAAGCAAGAAAAAGUUCAAGGCAGACAAACCAGCUGCUGCUAAAGACAAUGUUAUGAAUAUUGGACCACUCACAAUUGAGGUGCUCAGUGAGGGGAUGCUGCUCCUUGGCUGUAUAAAAGAAGUCAGUGACUACGAGCUCACCAUCAGUUUGCCCAACGGCCUCUCUGGAUUUGUGCCGGUCACGCAGAUCAGCGAUGCCUAUGGCAAACUGCUGACCAAGCAGGUGGCCCAAGGAGAACUCCUGGAGGAGUUGAAUUCCCUCCCAGACAUGUUUUCUCCAGGGACACUGGUCAGGUGCAUCGUGACCAGCAUUGAGAAAAGUGAUGAUGGACGUCGCAGUGUCAAGUUAUCGAUUGACCCCAAGAAAGUCAACAAAGGCCUGAACUCUACAGCACUAGCAGCAGGCAUGCUGCUCUCUGGCUCUGUGAUGAGUGUGGAAGACCAUGGCUACCUCAUAGAUAUUGGUGUCACUGGAACUCAUGCUUUCCUGCCUCAUCAGAAAGCCAAAACUUACAUCAAAGCACUCAAGAAAGGGCCUGAUUUGAAAAUAGGCCAGAACCUCAACUGCCUCGUUGUGGAAGUGAAGAAUGAGGGCAGGGUGGUCUGUUUGUCCAUUGAUCGAUCUGAGGUGGCUGCAUCCAUUGCCACAGAGCGACAGAACUGGACACUCUCUAAUUUAUUGCCAGGGCUCGUGGUGAAAGCUCGAGUACAGAAGGUGGUCCCACUUGGGAUGAAACUGACAUUUCUGUCUUACUUCACUGGCAUUGUGGAUUUCAUGCACAUGGACCCAGAAAAAUCCAUGAGCUAUUCUCCAGAUCAAGUGGUGAAGGCCUGUGUGCUGUCUGUCCACCCCACGUCGAGGGCAGUGCGGCUCACGCUGCUCCCGCCCUUCCUGCACGCCGGGGGAGCCCCACGCCAGCUCCCCGGGCAGCGCAUGGGGGCAGUGCUGGAGGAGGCCACGGUGAAAGCCUUCUACAAACAGUUUGGGGCUGUCUUUGAACUUGAUGAUGGCACUCUUGCAUUUGCACGGUUGAGUCAUCUUUCAAAAACCAGAAAAUCCUUUAAAAUUGGGGCAUUUAAGGAAGGUUGCAAACAUAAAUGUCGGAUCAUUGACUACAGCCUGAUGGAUGAGAUGUGUAUUGUCUCUCUGAAGCAUCAGGUCAUUGAAGCACGGUUUCUGCAAUACCAGGAUAUCCACACAGGUGAUGUGGUGCAGGGCAAAGUGCUCUCUCUAAAACCCGUUGGGAUGCAGGUGAAAGUGGCUGAUGGGAUUAGAGGACUUGUGCCAUCCCUCCAUCUCUCUGAUGUGAUCCUGAAGCAGCCUGAGAAGAAGUACAACAUAGGAGAUGAAGUCAAGUGUCGGGUGCUAGAGUGCAAUCCUGAAGGAAAGAAGCUGAUCCUUACUCUGAAGAAAAGUCUUGUCCAAUCAAAGCUUCCAGUCAUCUCAAAUUAUGAAGAUGCAAAACCAGGCCUGAUCACACAUGGUUUUGUAGUGUGUGCAAGGGAGUUUGGCUGCAUUGUGAAGUUCUACAAUGAUGUCAAAGGUCUGGUACCCAAGAAUGAGCUGGGCUCAGAACCCAUAUCUUGUCCAGAUAAAGUCUUCUAUGAAGGCCAGGUUCUUAAAGUAAUGGUCUUAAAAUGUGAGCCUCAGCAGGAAAGACUCUUGUUGUCCUUCAGAUUACCAAGCAAGCCUGGCCCUGAGGACAAAUGGAAAUGUACUCCAAAGGAGAAACAGGAAGUAAAAUACCAAAUAGGAGAGAUAGUUGAUGUGAAAAUCUCCCAGAAGAAAGAUAAUGGGUUAGAAGUUUCCAUCUUAGAAGAUGAAGACAAUGUGGUAGCCUGGAUCCCUACAUUGCACCUCUCUGACUUUGUUGCUACCUCCAAGCUCCUGUGGCAGGGUCUUCAAGAGGGAGAUGUCCUGCCCAGAGUUAUGUAUCUAAGUAACAAGGGAGAGCACAUUAUCUUGAGUAGAAAGUCUGCAGUGAUUUCUGCUGUACAGGAGGAGCAAGUUGUGAGAAGUUUCUCUGAAAUCCAGCCUGGCAUGCUGUUGACUGGUUAUGUGAGGAAUGUGAUGCCCUUUGGAGUGUUUGUGGAGUUCCCUUUUGGUGUGACAGGACUGGCACCUAAAGUGAGCAUGAGUGACAAGUUUGUGACAGAUACCAAGGACCACUUUGUGGUGGGACAGACUGUGAUUGCAAAGGUGAUGAGCAUUGAUGAGGAGAAGCAGCGUGUGCUUCUCAAUCUGAAGGUGUCUGAGUGCAGCUCAGGAGAUUCUGCUGCAGAGAGCUUUGCCCUCCUGAAUCAAUAUUUCAAGGAGCUGAAAGAAAUCAGGGACCUGUUGAAAAGAGGAAAGCCUAGCAUUUGUGAGUUGGUGCCUGGGAAGAGGCUGCAUCUGGUCGUGCAGGAUGUGAGGGAGGAUGGCUCAGCACUGUUCAGUGGCAGUUCUGCCACAGGUUGGACUGUAACUGCCACCCGCCACCAUUUGGGAGACAAAAAAAUUGCUCCUGGUGAGAAAAGGAAGGCAUUGGUUCUUCAUGUGGAUGCCCUCACAGCUGAGGUGUAUGUUUCUCUUCGGGAAGAACUGCUAAAGCAAAGACCCAAGCGACGGCUCCGAGAGAACUCCCAGCACUCUGCGGUGGUGCAGCACAUCACAGAGCACUUUGCCAUCGUGUCUCUGCUGGAAACAGCCCAGCUGGCAGCUGUCCCCAUCGCCUGCCACUUCAACGACACCUUCCGCUUCGACUCAGAAAAACUGAGGGUGGGACAGACAAUCUCUGUGACCUUAAAAGCAGCGAAGGAGAACCACCACGGAGUCUUGUUAGCAGUACAAGGCCCAGCCAAGAAGAAUGUUUUUGUAAGGGUGAGGAACGAGUCGGAGACAGCACUGGAGGAGAUGCUUCCUGCUGUGAAACACUCACUCUCCCCGGGGGACACUGUUACUGGUACCAUUAAAUCUGUCAAACCAACCCACGUCACUGUUGCUAUUGAUGACAAGCUGACAGGUUCAAUCCAUGCAUCCCGGAUUCUGGAUGAAGUGCCCAUAGGCUCUUUUCCAACUUCUACUCUGAAAACUGGACAGAAAGUGACUGCUCGAGUCAUUGGAGGCAGAGAUGUGAAUACUCACAGGUGCCUGCCAAUCACCCAUCCACACUUCACACAGUCCAUUCCAGAGCUCAGCAUUCGACCAAGUGAAAAAGAAGGGGAAUUCACAGCAAUGCUGAACCUUAACGAAGAAAAUUCCCUCAAGGAACUCUACAAUGUUGGGCAGACAGUCACCUGUUUUGUAAAGAAGUAUAACAUGCUCAAAAAUUGGCUGGAGGUAGAAGUUGCCCCCAACAUUCGAGGAAGAGUUCCUCACCUGCUGCUGUCUCUGAACACCAAGGUCUUGAAGCAUCCAGAAAAGACCUUUAAAAAUGGCCAGGCAAUAUCAGCUACAGUGACUGGAACAGAUGCCAGCGAAACAAACCUCUGCUUGUCACUCACAGGAAUUCAGUCACUGGAGCAGGGUACCAUCUCUGUAGGCAUGGUAAUAAAGAUGACUCCACACACUGGUUUGACCAUUGCACUGCCGGGUGGGAAGACAGGCAAAGUCAGCAUCUUUCACCUGAAUGAUACUUACACAGAGGAUCCUCUGGGGAGCUUCAAAGUUGGCAAGAUUGUCAGGUGUUACAUCCUCUCCAAUGAGAAUGGUAAAAUCCAGUUAUCUCUCCGGCAAUCCCGGCUAAAUCCAAAGAUAAAGAGUAAAGUGGAGGAUAUUGAAAUAACAAGUAUUAAGGAUGUUAAAAAAGGCCAGCUAGUGAGAGGCUAUGUCAAAUCAAUCACUCCAUCAGGUGUAUUCUUUGGAUUGUCCACUUCUCUCCUGGGCCGAAUCCUGUUCCAGAAUGUUUCCCCAUACUUUGUACAGAAACAUUCCUUAUAUGAAAAGUACCUGCCUGAAGGAAAAUUGCUCACUGCCAAAGUACUUGGGGUAAAUAGAAAAGAAAAACAUAUUGAGCUCUCUCUCCUGCCCAAGGACACUGGGAUGCCAAGUGUCUUCCCUGAAUCCCUAGGCCUACCACAAUAUGGAGCAGAAGAAGAGAAAAGAGAGGUAGAUAAUGAGGAGAAAAGAGAAAAAAGAGAAGAGCCUAAGCUGAAGACAAAAAAGAGAAGAGGAAACGAUGAAAGUCUUCAGGAGGCAAAGCCAAAGAAGAGGAAGAUCUGCCCAGCAGAUGAAAAUGACAGUGGAAUUGAGGUGUAUUACCGUGAGGAGGAAGAGGAUGACCAGGAGGAAGAGGCAGCUAAAAAGAAAUCUAAGGUAAAGAAGCCUGGUGAAGCUCCCAGGCUGCAAGUUUCCAUGGGCUUCACCUGGGAUGAAGACAAUGCAAUGGAUAUACCUGUGCUGGAUCAGAAGGAAGAGAGCUCAGAGAGUGAGGAGGAGGAGGAUAUGCCGUCCAAGCUAAAGAAACGAACAAAGAAGGAGAAGGAGCUGGAGAAGCAGAAGGAGGAGAAGGAGCUUUGCAAAGUAGAGGCAGCUCUGAUGGACCCAAGUCGGCAGCCCCAGUCAGCAGAUGACUUUGACCGCCUGGUGCUGGGCAGUCCCAACAGCUCCAUCCUCUGGCUGCAGUACAUGGCUUUCCACCUCCAGGCUACAGAGAUUGAGAAGGCCAGAGCUGUGGCAGAGAGAGCACUUAAAACAAUCAGUUUCAGGGAAGAACAGGAGAAGCUGAAUGUCUGGGUAGCUCUGCUGAACUUGGAAAACAUGUAUGGUACUGAGGAGACACUGAUGAAGGUUUUUGAGAGAGCAGUUCAAUACAAUGAACCUCUGAAAGUCUUCCAGCAUCUGUGUGACAUCUAUGCCAGUUCUGAGAAGUACAAGCAAGCAGAAGAAUUGUACCAAACAAUGCUGAAGCGUUUUCGUCAGGAGAAGUCCGUGUGGCUGAAAUAUGCCUCUUUCCUCCUGAAGGAAGGCCAGGCUGAAGCUACACACAGGCUUCUGGAGCGUGCUCUCAAGGCUCUGCCCACCAAAGAACAUGUGGAUGUCAUUUCAAGGUUUGCACAGCUGGAGUUCCAUUCUGGGGACACAGAACAUGCCAAGGCCCUCUUUGAGAGCACCCUCAGCAGCUAUCCCAAGCGGACAGAUGUUUGGUCCAUCUACAUGGACAUCAUGAUCAAGCAUGGCAGCCAGAAGGAAGUACGAGACAUCUUUGAGAGGGUUAUACACCUGAGCCUGGCACCAAAGAAGAUGAAAUUCUUCUUCAAACGCUACCUCGAUUAUGAGAAGAAAUUUGGGACAGCAGAAAGUGUCCUGGCUGUUAAAAGAGCAGCACUUGAGUAUGUGGAGACCAAGAGUUCCCUUGCUGACACCUAAGUGUGGUACAAGUGAAAGCAGAGAGACUUGGCUUUUCACGUGUGGAGUUCUGCUGUGACUGUCCAUGGACAGUGAGUUUCUGGAGAAUAUUGGUCUGUGACCAAACCAGCUUGGAAAGAACAAACAAUCAAGUGAAAAGAUUUGAUAAAUGUUUGCAGCUUUGUCCAGAUGUUACAAAUAAUCCUGGUCUGUUGAUGACAUGUUUUUAAAUAUAGACUGUUUUAUAAU